AUGAACUCUCGUUUGCUUGCGCGUCUUGCCAUUUCAUUGGGUAGGAAUCAGGCAUCCCAAGAACUCAGAUGGAUGAAUCAUGCAAUCUCCCGUGGACAUACAAACUUGUCGCUCGAAGACAUGGUCGCUCGUCGAGCGCUCGGCGAGCCCCUCCAAUACAUCUUGGGUACAUAUCAUAUGACCCUACUCUUAUCAUUUUUGACUUUGGCGACAGGUUCUCAACCUUUUGGCCCACUCAAUCUCCUCACCCGUCCCCCAGUCUUGAUACCUCGCCCGGAAACUGAGCAUUGGGUUCUUAACCUUGCAGAGUCCUUAUCGCCCGCCGCACAAAAUCCCAUCUCUCUUCUCGAUCUCGGCACAGGCUCGGGAUGCAUACCCCUCCUUUUGUGCCAUCUUUGGCCACCUGGAAGUGUGCAUGCUUGUGGUGUUGAUAUUUCCCCGCACGCUAUGCGCUUAGCGACCGACAAUGCAGCUCUUUGUGGCAUUCCACAAAAUGCAAGCGCAAUAAGCCCUCAGAAUACCUUUAAAGCCACCUUUGCCAACUUUCUCGCCGACCAUUUCCCGGUCGGCGGUUUGCGGACUGCCCUCCCUUUUGACGUCAUAACUUCCAAUCCGCCAUACAUACCAUGGGAAGAGUACAUUAACCUACCCCGUUCCGUGUCAGAUUAUGAAGACCCUAAAGCCCUUUUCGGGGGUCCGACAGGGCUGGAGUUCUAUCACGCGAUUGCGCGGUUCUUGUGUCGCAAGGGCGUGCUAAGCCCAAAUGCUUUAGUGGCGCUUGAAGUCGGCCGCGAACAAGCCGAAAAAGUUGAACAGGUUGUUCUUAGCACCGGCCUCUUUCGCCACACAGAAAUAUGGCUGGAUCCAUGGGGAAAACAACGGACAGUUAUAGCGCGCAUGUGA